GUUGUGCCAUGGCUGGCUCCGCGGCCUCCGCCGCCGUGCGACCGCCAAGACCCAAGAAAGAGCCGCAGGCGCUCGUCAUCCCCAAGAAUGCGGCGGAGGAGCAGAAACUCAAACUGGAGCGGCUCAUGAAGAACCCGGACAAAGCCGUUCCGAUUCCAGAAAAAAUGAGCGAAUGGGCACCUCGACCUCCCCCAGAAUUUGUCCGAGAUGUAAUGGGUUCCAGUGCAGGGGCUGGCAGUGGAGAAUUCCAUGUGUACCGGCAUCUGCGGCGGCGAGAGUACCAGCGUCAGGAUUACAUGGACGCCAUGGCCGAGAAGCAAAAGCUGGAUGCAGAAUUCCAGAAAAGGCUGGAGAAGAACAGGAUGGCCGCAGAGGAGCAGACGGCCAAGCGGAGGAAGAAGCGUCAGAAGUUAAAGGAGAAGAAAUUGUUGGCAAAGAAGAAGAAACUGGAGCAGAAGAAACAGGAGGGAUCCAGCCCAUCCCAGGCAGCACCGUGCAGCAGCUCUGAAGAGGCCUCUGGAUCAGAGGAGGAGGAGGAAGAGCCAGCCAGCUUCAUCAUGGGCCGAUGAUCCACAUGGCCCAGUGGGCAGCCCCUUGAGGGGCCCCGUGGCUCCCCUGACUGGGCCAUCAAUUCCACCCAUUUCCUCCCCGGUCUCUGGAAUAUAGCUGUAGGCCAUUGCCAACAAGAGGGGACAGCUACGGACCCUUGG